UCGCGUUUUCUUCUUCACAAAAAAACCAGAUUCGCGUUUUCUUCCUCUGCCGCUCUCUUCUUCUCCCGCCGACACCAGGAACCCUAGGGUUUCUGCAUGUUCUUUGUUUUACAGGUUUUCGGGUUCGAUUUCACGUGAAGGCGUAGCAGCGAGUCAUCUCUUCAACGGAGUAAAGCAGGUAUAGCAAAGUAACUAAUCAAACAUGGAGCAAGUAGUCAACAGCCUGGAGGAGGAGAAGAAGAGGAACCGGAAACGAAACAGGGCAAAGAAAUUGGACCAGGAAAAUUCUAACGGCAAUGUUGAGAAAGAUGAAGUGGAAGAAAAUAAGAUCUGUGACAAGGAGGAUAAGAAGAUGAAGAAAAAGAAGCAGAAUAAGAAAGUGAAGAGGGAGGAGAGAGUGGAUGGUGAGGCAGAGGAAGAGAGGCAAAAGGAAGAGAAGGAAGAGGAAGCUGUAGGGGAAGAGAAGGAUGAACAAGAAACUAAAGCUAUGCAGAGAGGGAGUGGGAUAAUGAGUACUGAGUCAUUUGAGUCACUGGGAUUAUCUGAGCAUACUUUUAGGUCCAUCAAAGAGAUCGGUUUUUUGCAUAUGACUCAGAUCCAAGCCAGAGCAAUCCCACCACUUAUGAUUGGCAAAGAUGUCCUUGGAGCUGCAAGAACAGGAUCUGGGAAAACACUUGCUUUUCUAAUACCAGCUAUUGAGUUAUUAUAUAAUGUUCAUUUCACUCCUCGCAAUGGUACAGGUGUUAUUGUCAUUUGCCCUACAAGAGAACUUGCUAUUCAGACUCAUGCUGUCGCAAAGGACCUUCUCAAGUACCACUCGCAGACUCUUGGCUUGGUCAUUGGUGGUUCAGCGAGAAGAGGAGAAGCAGAACGUAUUGUGAAAGGAGUAAAUUUAUUAGUGGCAACUCCUGGUCGACUUCUUGAUCAUCUUCAAAAUACUAAGGGAUUUAUAUAUAAAAACCUGAAGUGCCUUAUGAUUGAUGAAGCAGAUAGAAUAUUGGAAGCAAACUUUGAAGAAGAAAUGAAACAAAUUAUCAAGCUUCUUCCUAAGAAUAGGCAAACUGCUUUGUUUUCAGCUACUCAGACAAAGAAGGUUGAGGAUCUUGCACGCUUGUCAUUCCAGACAACCCCUAUUUAUAUUGAUGUGGAUGAUGGAAGACGCAAGGUGACCAAUGAAGGACUGCAACAAGGCUACUGUGUUGUGCCCAGUAGCAAGAGAUUUAUUCUUCUAUAUUCCUUCUUAAGGAGGAAUCAGUCAAAGAAAGUGAUGGUAUUCUUCUCUUCAUGUAACUCAGUCAAGUUCCACGCCGAACUCCUUAGAUACAUUAAGGUGGAUUGCUUUGAUAUUCAUGGAAAGCAAAAGCAGCAGAAACGUACCACAACGUUCUUUGACUUCUGCAAAGCAGAAAAAGGAAUUUUGUUAUGUACUGAUGUUGCUGCUCGAGGACUUGAUAUUCCUGCUGUGGACUGGAUUGUUCAAUAUGAUCCUCCUGAUGAACCCAAGGAAUAUAUUCAUAGGGUUGGUCGGACAGCCCGUGGAGAAGGAGCAAGAGGAAAUGCCCUACUCUUCCUGAUUCCAGAAGAGUUGCAAUUCCUUCGUUACCUGAAGGCAGCAAAAGUUCCUGUUAAAGAGUAUGAAUUUGAUGACAAAAAAUUGGCAAAUGUUCAGUCUCAUUUGGAGAAGUUGGUAGCCAACAACUAUUAUUUGAAUAAAUCAGCUAAAGAUGCAUAUAGAUCCUACAUAUUGGCAUAUAACUCGCACUCUAUGAAGGACAUUUUUAAUGUUCACCGCCUAGAUCUUCAGGCUGUUGCUGCUUCAUUUUGCUUUUCUUGCCCUCCGAAAGUGAACCUGACCAUUGACAGUAGUGCUUCCAAAUUUAGAAAGAAAAUCCGGAAGACAGAAGGAAGUCGAAAUGGAUUCAGCGAAAGCAAUCCUUAUGGAAGACAGAAGGUCGAGGAUGAUACUCGACAAUUUGUUAGGUUUUAGAAGAAGAAUCCGUGCCAGCAGAUCGCACACCGAGUCACAUGGAUCUGCAGUAAUUUUGUCCGCCUUGUUUAUCUUUGUUUGUGCCUUCCGUGGCAGUCUAGACAUUGCUUCAAAUGUGAAUGUUGCACAAAUUGAAACAGAUUCAGUAGAGCUGCCAAAAGCUGUAUAAUUCAAUCAGUUGGUCUUGAGAACAAUGAUAAUCCCUCUAUUACGUUUUGUAUCUUUAUUUGCAAUUUAAAUUGUCUUCCUUUUUAUAGUA